AUGUAUUCCUGUCCACCAAUGCCUCCCGCGCCAUGUCCGCCAGCGUGCAAACCGAAAAAGUCGACGAGAGAUGUAAAAUCGAAAUACUAUCGAGAGAUCGGGACAGCCAUGAUCGGGAAUCAGCUGAUAAUUCGCAUGGAGAGGGACAAAAGUAAAUCGAAGAAAUCACGAGAUUGGGACCCUCCGUGUGACUGUGACGUGGUGGAAAUACAGAGACCCACGAGCAAGGAGGGCCCCAAAAUACUGAAGGGCUCGGAUAACAAUCGAAUCCUGUUCCGCGUAGAGUCAAAGUCUCGAAUAGGCAAGAAGGACGACAGCGACUCCAUGCCUCAGGCUAUUUCUUACGAGGUUGGCCAGUGCAGAGGAGGCCCGAACACUAACGAUCAAUGCAGAACGUUCACGAUCUACCCUGUGAUGGAUCGUCCAGGAUCGCAGGAAGUGCACACGGAUCGCGUAACCGACGGUGAUCAAAAUGUCUUUAUGUUAAAAGUUAAAAAGAAACCAGCCAGCAGCGAUCAGCCAAGGCGUAAUAUCGAGCUGGAGCUGAGAACUCCGAAGCCUCCGACGGAACCGGAAGUGCAAAAAACACGAGGAAGAGGACGUUUUGCAAGAAACACCGCGAAAGGGAACGUCGACUAA